AUGGCUGCCAACCACGACAUUCAUGAGAAGGACCUAGAGUCAGCAUCUGCGGCCUCACACUCUUUGUCAACUACCGAAGACCAUAUUGCACCUACGAUCGAAGAACAUGCAACCCUGAGAAAGGCUGCUGGUGGCAUCCCUCCGGUUGCAUAUCUUAUCUGUGUGGUUGAGCUUGCCGAACGUGCAUCAUACUAUGGCGCAAAAGGUGUCUUCAACAAUUUCAUGCAAUUUCCUCUCCCUAAGGGUGGCAACGGAACGGGUGCUGUACCCAAGAGCAACCCGAACGGCCAUGCUGGUGCAUUGAAUAAAGGUCUCCAAUUCGCAUCAGCUAUGAGCAUCCUUUUCACCUUCCUGGCCUUCACUAUUCCAAUCUUCGGUGCCUGGUUGGCCGAUGCUAAGAUCGGGCGCUUCAAGGGCAUCGUUUUGGGCGUACUUAUUGGUGGUGUGGCACAUGUCAUCAUGAUUGGUGGAGCCGCGCCUGCUUUGCUAAAAGCUGGCAAAGGCGUCGCACCCUUUAUGAUCAGCUUCAUCCUGCUCGCCGUUGGUGCUGGUAUAUUCAAGCCACUCGUCGCACCUACCUUGCUCGACCAGUAUGAGCAUCAGAAGCCGUACGUGAGGACUUUGAAGAGUGGUGAACGGGUCAUCAUCGACCCAGAGACCACCAUCCAACGCAUUCUGCUUAUCUUCUACGGAUUCAUCAACGUUGGAGCCUUUUUCGCCAUUGCUACAACUUACGCGGAGAAGUACCUGGGUUUCUGGAUCGCUUUCCUCCUCCCUGGAAUUGUUUAUUUUUUACUGCCACUCCUUUUGUUCUUCAUGAACAAGCACCUAGUCAAGAAGCCCGCACUGGGAUCUGAGCUUGUGCAGUUCUUUAAGAUCAUGGGUGCUGCAAUUAAGGGCAACAAGGGAAAGCUUUGGGGCAAGGGUUAUUGGGAUGCCGCCCGGCCUUCAACUCUUGCAGCCAAGGGACGUACCGUUACCUGGACAGACAAGUCUGUCGACGACGUUUACCGUACACUCGAAGCUUGCCAAAUCUUCUUGUACUUCCCUCUGUGGAACUUGAACGACGGUGGCAUCGGCGCUGUUCAAUCGAGUCAGGGCGCUGCCAUGACAACCAGAGGUGUACCGAACGACUUGCUCAGCCAUUUCAACCCACUGACAAUCAUUGUCUUCUCGCCGAUCCUCAGUCAUGGACUCUAUCCUUUGCUCAGACGCUAUAAUAUCAAAUUCGGGCGCAUCAACCGCAUCACGACGGGCUUCAUCAUCGCGGCUAUUUCAGGUGCCAUUGGUGCUAUUGUUCAGUGGCGUGUUUACAAGACAUCGCCCUGCGGCUACUACGCGUCUGAUUGUGAUGGAGUUUCAUCACUCACAAUCUGGUGGCAGCUGCCUAAUGUCAUGUUGGGAGCCAUCUCCGAAGUUUUUGUCAACGUCACUGGUUAUGAGCUGGCUUACGCUCGUGCUCCUCCCAGCAUGAGAUCGAUUGUCAUGGCUUUGUUUUUAUUCAACACUGCGCUCUCGCAGGCACUUGCUGAACUCUUGAUUCCCGUGAUCUCGGAUCCUCAUCUCAUCUGGGUCUGGGCAGGUCCGGCCAUCGCUCUUGUUGCGCAGACUGUCAUUUUCGUCUGGAGGCACCAGGGCAUCAACGAUGAUGAGUUUAUGGUGUACGAGGAUGAGACUCCAGUGGAGAUCGUCCAGGCUGUCGACACGGAGAAAAAAUAA